AUGUCAAUUCCAAGUUUUGCUACUUUAUAUUGGGAUGGAGAAAUCAUUAUGAAUGAUGAAGGCUAUGAAUAUUAUGGGGGUUCAUCAACCGUCAUUACUAUUGGUAAACGUAUGGAUUUUGGUACUUUAGGAAUGAAAAUUGUCCGUGGAAUUAAUCUUAAAGGUGGACAUGAAUUUAUAUCGAAAAUCUUGUUCAGACAACCCAUUGAAAAAAAUGGCUCAUUUAAAUGGGAUUGCAUGGGUUUGACAAACGAUGACGAUGUGAAUAUUAUGUUUAAUUACAUUGAUGAAAUUGGAGGUAUGUCAUCGAUUGAAUUAUAUAUUGAAAUUUUUCGACCAUCUGCAAAUGUUGUUGAUGAAGCGGGCCCAUCAAAUAAUUGUUACACUGAAGCACUGAAGUGUACGGAUGAUUUUGAAUCCGCUAGCAAUGAUUAUUGUCCUGAUGAUGAUGAGGAUGAUGCGGAGUCUGAUGAAGAAUGGAUUGAUAGUGAUGACUGGGACAUGAAUGAGGAUGGUGGUCAUCAUAAUGAGUUAGUAGUAGAUUUGCCUUUUUACUAUAAUACUCAUGUUGCAAACCCAAUAAUGCCGCUUGUCCCUCCUCCGCCUUAUAGUGAAAUAGAUUUUUCAUUGCUAACGGUUGAUCCAUGGCACCAUGAGUUUUGUAAUGAGGAGACAAAGAGUAGAACAUAUGCCAUCAGGUGCAAAGACACAACGAGCAAUUGUAAGUGGAGAUUGCGUGCCUCACGAGGGAAAGGAAGUGAUAUAUGGAAAAUUACGCGAUAUAAUGGACCACAUACAUGUGUUAAUCCAUCACUGUCACAAGAUCAUAAGCAAUUGGAUAGCAAAUUUAUAUCUGAUUUCAUUCUCGCCAUUGUACGUGAACAACCCAAUGUGAAGAUAGGAGCGUUACAGUCUGAAAUAAAAGAUAAGAUUGGAUAUAUGCCAAGUUAUCGAAAGACCUGGAAGGCUAGGCACGAUGCAAUUAUUAAGAUCUUUGGUGAUUGGGACGAAUCUUACGGAAGGUUGCGACAAUUUAUGCUUGCUUUGUGCAAACAGAACCCUGAAAGUAUGUUCUUGAUUGAAGAUGAUCAUUUUUUUGUUAAUAAUAGAUUAGAUCCUGCUUAUCGGGUUUUCGAUAGAAUGUUUUGGGCAUAUAAACAAACAAUAGAAGGAUUCAAGAACUGUCGACCGGUUAUAUUCAUAGACUCAACUUUUUUAUAUGGAAAGUACAAAAGAUGUUUAUUUUGUGCAACAACACUUGAUGGUAAUAACCAUAUUUUCCCAAUUGCGUGGGCAAUAGUCGACAGUGAAAAUACAAGGAACUGGGAUUGGUUUAUGUCUUGUUUGAGGGUGUUUGUGACAGAUCGUAAUGGAAUAUGUGUUAUAUCAUAUAGACAUAUUGCCAUAAAAAAGGCAAUGAAUCAAGAUUGGUUGCAGCCUCCUGCUGGGCAUCAUCGAUACUGCUUAAGACAUAUCAUCAGCAAUUACAACACAAAGUUUAAGAAUACUAAUAUGAAAGAAGCUCUCCGAAAGGCAACACAACAAUUGGGAAAAAAAAAUUUUUAUGAGGCCAUGAACACAAUCAAGAAUGAGCAUCCUGAUACAUUUGAAUGGGCUACAAAGAUACCUUUGGAAAAAUGGACACGUUCUCAUGAUGGAGGGAAACGUUAUGGCUCCAUGACAACUAAUACUGUUGAGUCUGUUAAUGGAAUACUCAAAGGGAUCCGUGCUUUACCCAUAACUGCAAUGGUAGAAAAAUAUUUUUCCAAAGGUGUUGAUUAUUUUGACACACGCCGCACGACCCUCCGUGAGCAACUGCAAAUGGGCUUCAAAUUUACACCAGCAUGUCGUCAAAUAUUACUUGACAAUUUAAAUGAAGCAAGCUCAUAUAAUGUCCAAAUCUUUAACCGCGAUUGUGGUGAAUUUGAAGUUUGGAAGGGAAGAUCUGAAACGAAGCAUGUGGUCAAACUUGAUGAAAGGCAAUGCACAUGCAAGAAGUUUGAAGAAAUAUGCAUUCCAUGUUCUCAUGUGAUUGCCGCAUGCCAAGCAAUGUCAAUUAAUUAUGAGCAAUACGUUUCAAAUUAUUACACAUUGGAGCAAACACUUAAGUGCUAUGAGUGGCAGUUUCAUGCUCUUGGACAUCCUAAUGAUUGGCCAACAGAUAAUUAUCCAGUUCUUCUACCUGACCCAACCCAGAAAAGGUCUAAAGGACGACCAAUUUCGUCAAGGAAGAAGAAUGAAAUGGAUUGGAGUGUAAAUCAUUAUAAUAUAAUGGCUCGUAUAAUGCGCACUCCAAAAAGGAUUGUCAAUCAACAACAAAGAGCAAGGGUACAUGGUAUGACUACACAACAAGAAAGAAGAGAUUACAUUGUGCCUGGUCCAAUUGAUAAAGAGCUUCUUCGACUCCAGCCACAACACCGUUCUGAAGGGAUUUGGAAUGGUACAGUUGAGCAUGAAGUGGUUACAUGCAGGAGGCAGGGGCUAAUAUUACAUACUGACAUUGAUGACCGAAUUGUUCCUCAUCUUCGUGAUUCUGGAUUUAUUAGUAUUGCUAGACUAGGGUUUUUGUUGAGCACCUGA